AUUGAUGAGGAACAGAAGCUGCGGCUGAUUUCUCGGCAGCCAAGCUUUGUUCGGUGCAUUUAAGCAGCUCACCCGCCUUUUAGAGAGAGAAAAGAUCCGUUAGCGACUCCACAGUAAAAUGGAAAGCAUUUUUCUUGCCAUUUUCGGGAAACAAAUCCGCAAGUUUUCCAUUCUAUAUAUAUAUAAACACAUUUUGGGAGGUAAAACAAGGAAGCUCCGCGGCAGAGUUUGCAGAGAGAAAUAACGGCGUUCGAGUAUUGAUUCCUUAGGUAGCACCGGUUUUGUUACUUGCAACUGAAUGAUUUAUAAGAGACAAAGAGAUUUCUGAGAAGCAUCACUUCAUUCCGGCAUGGGGUUGGAGGAAAGAGUUGACAGACAUAACAACAAGCAAGGCAAAGUUAAUCAGACAUCAACUAUUUGCAAGCAUGCUUUUUCUGACCUGACGCAUAUUACUCCGUUGGUAUUCGUAUACCUCUUGAAAGAGUGCUAUUUCCAUGGCACAUGUAAGGCAACUAAGAAGUUCCGAGCUCUUCAAGACCAGGUUUAUCUAGUACUACGCAAUGAUCCCCAACCUGGACCAGCUACUUUUGUUAUUCAGUGCCUCUAUGUUUUGCCUAUAUUUGAUUUAUACUGUGAAGGGUUCAGUCAUUUGAUUAUAUCUGGUCUUCUCCAUUUCCUAAAAAAGGAAACAUGCUCGGGGGACUCUAUGGAAGCAAAAGACCUCGCUGCCCAGUUAUUUCUCGAUAUUGUUGGGGGCUCUGUCAACCAUGAGGGGAGGAUAAUUGAGAAGAUACUUGAAGUUUAUGGUGUUCAGUUGGUAAACAUUGAUAAAGUAAUGUGCCUGAAUGCAAAGAAUAAUUGCAGAUUUGACAAUGCAAAAGCGUUUGUUGAGCAAUAUAUAUUUGGACUGAUAGAGUCUCAAUCAUAUAUGACCGCGGUUACUUUAUUAGAGCACUUCUCUAUCCGCCAGUCUGGCCAAUCGUUUCUCCUUCGUAUGAUAGAAAGCAGUCAAUUGAAAGCAGCAGAAAAGUGGGCAACAUUCAUGGGAAAGCCAAUGUUGUGUAUUCUUAUCCGGGAGUACUUCGGCAGAAACAUGCUAAAAAAUGCUUAUGACAUUAUACAAAAAAACAAUCUCCGACAUGAAUUUCCUGAUGUUUAUCAUAAGUACAAAGAGAGCACUUUAAAGAAACUAGCAGAAAAAGGUAGCUGGGAAGUUGCAGAAGCAAGGACAAACAGUAAUAGGCAACUUCUUGAAUAUUUGGUUUACUUAGCAAUGGAAGCUGGUUACUCAGAGAAGGUUGAUGAGCUAUGUGAUCGAUACUCGCUUGAAGGUUUCUUGAAUGGAAAAGUACCCAAGGCAAGUCUUCUCGAAAAUCGCUAUUUGCAUCUCAAUCAGUUGGUUAUAGAGGGUGUUGUUUGGGUUGAUGAAGCUGAUGCCUUGCAUAAUGCUACCUCUCACUUUGAGGGAUGCAAAGUUGUGGGUCUUGAUUGCGAAUGGAAACCGAACUACGUAAAAGGCAGCAAACCGAGCAAGGUUUCCAUCAUGCAAAUUGCUUCUGAAAAAAAAGUUUUCGUCGUGGACUUGAUCAAGUUAUUCGCUGACGCUCCUGAUGUCCUGGAUGACUGCUUAACUCGCAUUCUGCAAUCUCCUAGGAUUCUGAAACUCGGCUAUAAUUUUCAGUGUGAUAUGAAGCAGUUGGCUCAUUCGUACGGAGAGUUAGAGUGUUUUAAACACUACGAAAUGUUACUGGACGUCCAGAAUGUUUUCAAAGAACCUAGCGGCGGUCUCUCUGGGCUUGCAAAGAAAAUACUGGGAGUAGGUUUGAACAAGACAAGAAGGAAUAGCAAUUGGGAGCAACGACCUUUGACGCCCAAUCAGCUGGAGUAUGCAGCUCUUGAUGCAGCUGUGCUGAUUCACAUAUUUCGCCACGUUCGCAAUCAUUCCCAGACUGCCGAGGGAGGAAAACUCGAGUGGAAAUCCUGCAUCGUUUCCCACAUGGAUAACAAGAAGGCGAAGAAGGGGAGUCGAAAGGGUUCAUCAGAAGCUGAGACAAUGUAAGAACAGCAACUUAGUUAGCCCCGUCGCGUUUUCCCUGUCGUUGGAUUAGGUUGUAAUCACCUGUAAAUUUAUCCAUUUGGUCAAAUGAGAUGGUGUUUAAUCAUAGAUGAUGGUCUAAAUGUUUUCAAAAUUUAAUCUCUUCUACUGUGUAAUAUGCUAAGGGACUCAUUUGCUUUGCCUUCGACCGGAAAAUUCAAAAUUGUUAGGCCAAA